UGGCGCCCUCACUCCUAGUUGCCACAACACAACUACGUCAGGGGGCAAAAGUCACUCCUACUCGGGUCGCUUACGGUAGGAAACUUACACAUCUCUGACAGUUGUACCGAGUUUAGAAGGAAUGUAAAUGUCUGAGGAUAAGGAAGCCCAAGAGGAUGAGCUGCUUGCUUUAGCAAGUAUCUAUGAUGAGGAGGAGUUCCAUCGGGCAGAGUCUGCCCAAGGGGGGGAGAUCCAACUCUGCCUGGAGCUUCCUCCAGACUUCAAAGUGGUUGUAAAAGGAGAGAAAACAACUGAAUAUCAUGUCUGCUUUUUACCUCCUCUGGUGCUUAACUUUGAGCUGCCUGCAGACUAUCCAUCCACAUCCGCGCCACUUUUCACUCUCAGCUCAAAAUGGAUGACCAAAUCUCAGAUGAGCUCAUUGUGCCGACACCUUGAUAAGUUGUGGGAGGAGAACCAAGGCUGUGUCAUUCUCUUCACCUGGAUCCAGUUCCUCAAAGAGGAGGCUUUUGAUUUUCUGGCCAUUAAGUCUCCUCUUGAAAUCAUCAGGGGCAGCAUCAAGGGAGGCGGCGAAAGACGGAAAGCAGACUCCACAGCUACGGCUGUUACACAGUGUGAAAGCCACUCGGAAAACUCAGAGGAGAGGAAAGCAGUGGUGUGUAAGGGAAAGUCCGAGGAGCCCCUCUCAGCGUUGCCUCCGCCGGACCCGCGGGCCGUGGUGCUGAUGGACCCGCGGGCGGACCCCCUACCUCAGCUCCUGGACUUUGACGAGGCGCAGCGGCAGAGGGCCUUCGACGGCAAGGUGUUCUGCUGCGGAAUCUGCUUUAUGGAAAAGCUGGGCUCCGGCUGCCUCUGCUUCAAGGAGUGCCAACACGUGUACUGCAAGGCCUGCAUGACGGAAUACUUCCAGAUCCAAAUACGGGACGGCAACGUUCAGUGCCUUAAUUGCCCCGAGCCCAAAUGUACCUCAAUAGCCACACCCUCCCAGGUGAAACAGCUUGUCGACGAGGAGCUGUUUGCACGAUACGACCGCUUGCUGCUUCAGUCCACUCUGGACCUCAUGGCCGACGUGGUCUACUGUCCCCGGCAGUCCUGUGGCACCGCCGUGAUGGUGGAGCCCGAAACGACCAUGGGCAUUUGCUCGGCCUGCCAGUACGCUUUCUGCACACUGUGCAAGCUGGGCUAUCACGGCGUCUCCCACUGUAAAGUCUCUGCAGACGAACUGCGGAAUCUCAGAGACGAGUACCUGUCCGCCACAUGUGAAGGGAAAAAGUUCAUGGAGCAGCGCUUUGGGAAGAGGGUGAUCCAGAAGGCCGUGGAGGAAUCCUUUAGCAGGGACUGGCUUAACGAGAACUGCAAAAGCUGCCCACGCUGCGGAACUAAUAUCCAGGUCGGGCCCCUCCUCCUCCUCCUGCUGAAAGAAGACGGGUGUAACAAGAUGACCUGCACCUCCUGUAAACAGUACUUCUGCUGGCUGUGCCUGGGCGUCCUCAGCAAAGUCAACCCGUACAGUCACUUUAACAACCCACAUUCACCUUGUUUUAACCAACUUUUCCACGGCGUAGAUAUCGAUGAAGACAACUUCUGGAGUGACGAGGAGGACUAACCCCGGGGCGGUGCCUCUCCGCCGGACGCACCCCAGUGAACGCACUUUAUCUCUCGCACGAGCAUCACUUCAUCCGUGGAGCCAUCGGCGCCCGAACAGGCUCCGCGGCGCCGCUCAAAGCACCGUCUCCGAAACCACUGUUACUAUUCGGAAUGCGACCAGGUGACAGAAAUCUGAGCAAAAGUGACAUGGACACGAGUGGUUGAUAAUUAAAGCGAAAUAUGGCAGGGGUCACCUAUCUAAAUCAUUCAUUUAAUUGAGUUUUGAAUUCUGAGGUGGUUAAGGGAAAAAAAACUGUUGACAAUUUGAUCAUGUUUUCAAUGAAUACUUCUUUGGGUUAUGGACAUGACAGAUCUAACAGCAAUUAGCAGCACACAAACCUUUUCACUAUGACAGUGUCAUAGAACAAACUCAAGGCAAACCCUUUGGAGGAUUUAAAAAAAUCAAGAAAUGAUAACAGUACCCCCAAAAGAACAGAGUUUUAUUUUUUUGGGGUUAUCCUGCUUGUAAAACUACCAAUUUGGUCAGGCGUCAGACUUAUGCCAAACCUUUCUUUGAACUUUAGUGUGGACUGGGGGAUUACCCGGUCUAAUUAAGACAAUUAAGAAUAAAGAAAUAUUCCACAUUAAAGCUGCAGAGGUGAGCUCGGAGGUCUGUUACUCAAAUGAAGUUCCACCGUUCCUUCCGAUCUACACAGUAUGCGGAAAAUGUUGUACUGCGUCCCCGUUUUAUGAGGCUUUCACGUCCAGAAGUGUGCUCCUGUGCCAUGGGAAACGGGUCAAGCAGGUUGGGAGGAGUGUUAGUUAGACUGGUUUUGUUUGGAGGUAUUUGAUUGAGUGCAAUGAAUUUUCACGACAGCAUAUCCUUUGGGUUUUUUUUCUUUUUUAGAAUUAUGAUAAGGGGACAUAUUUGAAAAAGGGUUAUUCAGACACCGUGAAGUGAGAAGGAAGUCCUCACUUGGCUAAAAGCUUGUGCAUGUUAAAGCAGAUCGUCGCAGCUUUUUCUGUUCACUCGUGUUUUGCGGGCCACCGCUGGCGUGGACUGAGAGACGACAAUCGUGAAGUGCACAAGGUUUGCUUCUCUCUCACUCUCAUCCAUUCAGGCCUCUCGUUGCUCCGUGUGAUGUAAGAAUGCCAGACGUACAAAACACUGUUAAAUGCAUUCAUGAAAAUAAACAUUGCAGUUACAACUACACGACUGCUGAAUGGCUGCUCAUUUAUUAAAACGUUUCAGUUUGAUUAAGAGCAGUUAUGUUUUUUUUCUAUUGAUGUUUCACCUUUAUGAGUGUGUGUGUUUUGGUUUUUUUUGCUUUGUGUGAGGGC